UAGAGAUUUUUCUUCGUGGACGUGGCUUGCUGUUAAACCCGUAAAAAAUUGCAAAUCUAUUGAAAAAACUAACCAAUUUCGAGAAUGCGAAGUCCCUCGGCAGCAGUUUCGGCAAUGCGAAGGAUUUGUCUGAUAUAAUGACUGGCAGCUUUAAGGUGCAACUCAUCAAUAUGGGCACUCGCGCUGCCGCCUUUCAGGCAAAACUGAGAGCCCUUCAUGAAUACCACGUACGUCUCUUGCACAACGUCUUACCUGCGCCCUCUGGCGUCGAUAUUGCUAACAAUAUCAAGUACUUUUCUCAAACUCUACUAACUGUCCUUAAAGAUGUGCGCACCUCGCCGCACGAGCUUAUCCGCGAUCCUCUUGAAGAUCCCACUCGCAUGUCUGCCUAUCCCAAUCUCGAAUAUGGCAAUCUCUACAAUGCUCUUACUAUGCUCAUCGAUGUGGCACCUUGCAUCCAGUACGGACAAAUCGUUUUCGGAAAAGCUCUUUUGCAGUGCCUAAGCUGCAUCCUACCUUUUCUCGACAAGGAUCUUAUCGAUAAUCUACCCUAUCUAGUCAGCUCUACUAUAUCUGUUCUACCGCCAGCAUUGCACCAGUGCAUCAUCAAUGCUCUAUGCUACUAUAUCUUACCCUUUACUAUAACCCGUCGAAGCUCCGAUGAGCAGGAAUGCCAGGCCUGCCAGUCUGUGUCCUCGGUCAUCAUGAUGGUGCUGCAGUACUCCAACAAUCCGGCUCACCAUUGCCAGCUGCUGGAGUGCCUAAUGACCCUGAAACACAAUGUGGUCAAGGACAUCCUCUGCGUGGUGGCCUACGGAACCGCUGUCUCCCGAACCUCGGCCGCCAAGCUGCUCUUCUACUACUGGCCAGCCUUCAACGCCAAUCUCUUUGAUCGCAAAGUCCUGCUCUCAAAACUAACUAAUGACCUGGUGCCCUUCACCUGCCAGCGGGAGCACUGCCCGAACUCCGGAAACGCGGAGGCGGCCAAGGUGUGCUAUGACCACAGCAUCAGCAUCGCCUACGCCCCCGACUGCCCGCCGCCCCUGUAUCUGUGCAUCGAGUGCGCCAACGAGAUUCACCGGGAGCAUGGGAGCCUGGAGUUCGGCGACAUCCUGCAUCCCAUGCAACAGGUGUCGAUGGUCUGCGAGAACAAGAACUGCCGCUCCAACGAGAAGUCGGCCUUCUCCAUCUGCUUCUCCACGGAGUGCGCCAGCUUCAAUGGCAACCAUCCCAUUCGCUACUGCAGCCAGUGCCACAGCAACAGGCACAAUUCUCGACGAGGUGGCGACCAUGUGGUCCAUCGCAGCCUGCAGCCCGCCUGGCAGAUGGAUCCCGAGAUGCAGAUGCACAUGGUCGAGUCGGUGGUGAGUCUGUUGCGCGAGGCCAAGCCGAUAAACUUUGAGCCCGGCAAGGAUUCCGCGAUGUCCGAUGCGAAGAAGAACGGUUCACCGCUGACAGCGGACAACAUUUCGCUGGAGGAGCGUCAGAGGUUGGGUAGAUAUGGCAUCUGGUUGCUGGUGGGUCGCUGCACUCCCACCGCCGAUACACCUGUGGAGGUUCUGGGCAGGAUCCUGAGCAUGCUCUUCCACUGGUUCCAUGUCACUGCCUAUUCCUACGAUGCUGCCGGCCAAGUGGAGAGCACCAUUGAGAAGCUGAAGGUGGAUCAUGUGUGCGACUGGCUGAAGGACAUCUGCAGGAUUCACUACAACGUCUUCAUCUCCUGCCUGCUGCCCCAUCCGCCCGAGUAUGCCCGCGUUGGUGGCCACUGGGAGACCCUGGCCUCGCGCACCAGUCACCUGAAGGAGGGCCUUCAGCGACUCAUUUGCCUGGUUCCCUACGAAGUGAUCACCUCGGAGAUCUGGGACUACGUGAUGCCGCACUGGAUGGAGGCCAUCACCAACGAUGUGGCCGAGAAGGAGCUCAACGAGCUGAAGAUUGUGCUCAGCAAGAUUCUCGAUCCGGAGAUGUCACCUCUGGGCUUCGAUGCCAAGACCAUGUACAACUUUGUGGCCAUUCGGUUCGAGAAGACCACGGCCAAGGUUCAGCAGCAGGCUCUCCACUGGCUGCAAAUCCUCACCAAGCUGGAGAUCCUUAUUCCCCUAGUGCAGCUAUUUGCCAUGUUUGGCGAUGGAGUUCGCAUUAUGAAAUAUGGCAUCCAGCAUGAGUUGAUGCGCGAAAAGGAUGCCCAGUCGCAAUCCCUGGCAAAGGCUCCCAAGACGCCGUGUAAGGAGAGCAAGGAGACCAAGGCGGACAUGGCCAAUCCCCCCAGGAGGAGCUCAAUUUCUCCCGUUGUCGAGGACGACUCGGGCAAUACGUCGGCCAUCUCGGAUGAUGAGGCCCCCACCAAUCGUCACACGGAAUUCUCCACGGAUGCUGAGCACAACCUCACCUGCUGCAUCCUCAUGCUGGACAUCCUGCUUAAGCAAAUGGAACUGCAGGAUGUGGAGCAGCACAUGGGCAUCCACACGAGCGUCUGCGAGAAUGUCUCCCGGCUGAUCAAGUGCAUGGUCACCGCCGCUCGCGUGGGUCUCAGUAGUCACGUUUGCGCCUUGAAGGUGGCAGAAUGUGCCUAUUGCGAGGCUUCCAUCAUGUGGCAUCAGCUCGCCACCAAGUUGGUUCAGUUCAUGGCCCCCCUAAAUCCAGUUCGUCCACCAGAUAUUCCCAUCGAGGACAUCAUCGAAGAGGAAAAGUCCUCGCGCAAAUCUCCACCCGAAUCCGAUAAGGAAAAGACCCGUGAUCGAGAUGUCUCCCUUUCAAUGGCUCCCUUGCCAAUUCCCUUGGGACCCCUGGGAGGAUUUGCAGAUAUCUUUAAGCUAGAUCAAUUCUUUUCAGACGAUGGAAAAAUUAUUAUAAUGGCAGGUCCUGUGCCAGUGGCUGUUCCUCAACCAGAACCCCACUCUGUGGGCGGAGUGCUCGUCCAUAUGCCCCACGUCUGUUCCAAUAACGAAAAUGGGCAUUCAGUUGAUAGUAAUGAAUUGAGAAAAGUUCACGCCACAGACGAGAUCAUGACGGCGACGGUUGAAACAGUUUCAGAGCAGCUCGACCUGGCCUCCAUCCUGCCCACAGACCGGGCCAUAGCCCGCUCUAUAACCCUUUCCGACGCGGACGUCGGCAGUGCGAAUGUCAGCGUGACCAAGGCCUCGGUGAUGGGUGAGAACGGUGCCAAUGGCGGGGCGGCCUGUGGCGGCGGGGAGAACGGCAGCGGUUCCGAGGAGGACGAGGAGGAGGAGGACAGCGACGACUUCUGGCACACCUCCGUGGGCAAGUUCAAGUUCACCCUGGACACGCUGCCCCAGCCACUGCAGUAUAUCCAUCAGCUGCUGACGGAAAUACCCACCAUCAAGAAGCCGGAGAUUCUGUACUACGUUCUCCAGUGCCUGAACACGAUGGCUCUGCAUGGCGAUGCCCUGGCCAAGGCGGCGAGGGAGCAGCGUGGCUUUUUCAUCUGGUGCCAGGAGAAUCUGCUGAUCAAGAACCUGUGGGAGCUAUGCAACGCGGAGCACUCUCACAUCUGCCAGGUGGGCGUGCCACUGCUGCUGCACUGCAUCACGCUGCCACUGGGAUCGGAUGUGUUUUGGCGCGUGGUGCAGGAGGCUUUCCACGACACCGACUGGCGCGUCCGGUUCACGGCAGUGGAGCGAGUCACCGUGAUUACCCGCUUCAUGGACUCCACGCCCCUGCGCUCCGAGGUGGGCCUGCAGACGGCGCUGGCCACCGCCUUCUGCCACCUGAUCGCCAGCAUGGACGACAUCAAUGUGUACGUGGCGCAGCGGGCGACCCUCUACAUUGGGACCAUCCAUGACACGGCAAUUCGGUCGCUGCUCUUCUGCCUGGAGUCGCAGUUCGAUCUGUUCAUCGUGGACCGGCCGGUGGUGCUGCAGUCGGUCUACCAGCUGCACAACUCCUUGUCCGACCGCAAGCUGUUGGGCUGGGACUUCUUCUUGAACCGCUUCGACACGCUCUUCGUGGAGGCGCAGAUAAAUCUUGAGAAGUGCGGCGACAUCUCGUAUCUGCGCGAUCUGAGGAACUCGGACAACGGCAGCGAAGCCCUCUCGGCCAAGAUCCAGAAGGCCAGGGAUGCGCUCAGCCAGUCGGACACCAGUGGCAGCAUGGCCAAGACGCUGAGCGCCUCCUUCGGCACCAAGUGGCCCUACAAGCGAACCAUGUCCGCUCCAGCCAGCAUGGCCCCUCGACAGGAUAGCAAGUUUGUUCCCGAGAAGGAGAAGAUCUACAGCCGCCAGGUGUCGGCGCCAAUUCUCAAGCGGAAGACCUCGCGCUUCGGACUGGAUGGUCACAUCCAUUCUCUGGGAGGCUUGAACGAUGAUAACCUUAUUGGUUUGCUCUCGAGGAUCACGGAACUGGAGGAGUCUGAUCGGGAGACUAUUCACCUGCUGGUCUUUAUGCUAAUGCAGUUUAUGUCGAGAACGGAUCAGGCAUAUCCGUCCGAGGAGAAACCGAUGACCAAGACCCAGAAUAUUGUGCUGAAGCACCUUUUCCUGCUCCUGGGUCACAACCAGAUCGACAAGACCUUCCAUACUACUCCGGAAUCCCUAAGGGUCUCGGCCGUUUUCAAUGCCUUCUUGGCCAAUCUGCCGCAGGUUCUGGACCAGAAUCACUUGAUUGGUGGCCUCGUUCUGCCCUCCGUUAUGCAGAUCAUUCUCUAUGCCCCGAAUCCGACCAGCACCUCGGGUGAAUCCUACCAGAAUAUAGUCUUCAACUAUUCCCUGUGGCACCUGGAGCAGUAUCCGCGGCGCAACUGGCUCUUCACCUUGCUGGUGGUGCUCUACAAGUACUCGUACACCCAGCCGCCCCUCAGUGGCUAUGUCAUUGCGGGCAUCCGCCUGAUCAUGAACAGCCUGCGAGGUCACUUCCACCAAUGCCGACGCAUUCCGACCACCACCAUUUUGGAUAUCCAGGGAGUGGGUGGCGCCGCUCGAUCCCGCGAUGUCAGUCAGCCCUCGCUUGGCACCGAUCCAGACGACAAGGAGGCCAGUCCGCCGGCCAGUCCAAUGUUUCCCUCGGAGGGAACGAGUGCCGCCUCGAAGAGCAAGGGUCAGAAUGUGGCCUUCACCCCGAAGUUGCAGCAUGCGUUCCGGAAGUACAACGAUUCGAGCCUAGAUGCGGAUGAGACGGAGUCGGAACUGGUGGCCAUUCCGGAGAGCGAUCUUUCGGAUAGCACGUUGCAUGGAAGCAGUGCUCCGGGAUCCUUUGACGAUACCAUACAUUAUGAGGACGUCAUGCCACGCAAUCGUCGAACUUUAGAAUACACCGAAGAGAAAUCCACCAAAUCCCACAAGUCGAUGAUCACGACCAAGGUGGGCGAUACGUACACCACCAAAAUCAAGGCCACCACCACCAGUGAGACCCUGGUGACCACCCACACGAGGCACAGUUUGCAGGAGGGCGUUCGCAUGAUCGUCACUCCGCUGGUGGGUGCGGAGACCACGGAGACGGCGAUAGUGAGUCCUCCAGUGGAUGUCCACCGGGCGGUGACGGUGCGCAACAAGUCGCUGGAGAAUGCGGCAGCCUCUACGUCCAAGAUGUUCGCCGCCAUAGCCACGAAUCACCUGAAGGCGCUGGGUGCUCUGCAGGAUCUGCCCACGGCGGUGGAAAGGAAACCGGGAUCCAGCAGUGGAAGCGGCAGUCGAUCGGCCAAUGGCAAUGGUAGUGGAGGAAGUGCCCCGGCUGCUAUGCAGGCAUCCUCUUCGACGGCGGCGGCAAACAGCAAACCCAUUGGACGCCACAAGACGAUUGUGGAGUGCAGUGCCGGAAACUCGAGCUCCUCGGCGGAUGAUUCGCGGCAGAAGAAAUCGCAAACGAAAUCGCUUAGGCGCACGGACAAGAACAACUAUGGGUCGCCGGAGUCACCUUUAUCCAAGAUGAGCGUGAUGCCGAAUCCCAGGGACGAGGUGGAUGAGGGUAUGCAGAGCCUGCCGCCGCCGAAGAGCAUUGCCGCUUUGGAGAUUCCCACGCCGGAGCGUCUGCUGCCCAUUGGCACCCAGGAUUCGGUGGCCACGCUGGUGGAGCGGGUGCGAGAUGGUCUCAACCUGCCUGACAUCAGUCACCUGAAGCAAGACAGCCUGGAUGUGUCGGAGAGCACCAAGGAUGAUGUCACGCCGAGCAGCAGGACUAACUCACCUCGUCGCCUAAUCAAACAGGUGGCCCUGGAAUCGCCCCCUAAUCCCAAUGCCCAGCUUCCAUCGCAACCCUCGACCGAUCUGCACACCUCCAUCCUCAAGAAUGUCCAGAAGGAGCUGAAGCAAAGUGCCGGAGCCUCUGGCGGCGGUGGCGGCUUGGCCACCAGCAACAGCAUCAAGCGUCCUCGCCAAAAACUGGCUCCCUUCAAUGUGGACAGCAAUGCCAUACCGGAUAUCCGCUCUCGGUUCGCCGGCUCCUGGCCACCGCCUCCCUUUCAGCCCGUGGAUCCCGAACCCGAUGAUGAUGAGGAGAUCGGGGCAGAGGCCUCCAAUGGCCAUGGAACACACUCCACUGCUCAUGCUCCGCGAGGGAGUUCCCGUCGCGUGGGCGACUAUACCAUCGUGGAGCGUUGCUCAGACUGCGGUGCCCACAUUGAGGAGUACACAGACGAGGAGAUUGGCAUCUUUAUAGUCAUCCUGGGCACUUUUAUCCACCGCGAACCCGCCAUGGCAGCUCCGUUCCUGCCCGAGAUCCUCACCAUGACUUCACGGAUCUGCUUGAGCAGCACUCAUGCCUGGCAGGGCGAGAAUGGUCCACCUUUGGCCAGCAGUGCCCAGGCGGUGGCCCUGCAGUUCUUCCGCUGCGUCCUCCACCAGUUGGCCCCCAAUGGAAUCUUCCUGCAAGUGUUCCAGACCCAAAUGAAAAUGAAAAUCCGGCACAACCACUUCCGCAGCAUUGCCAAGGCUCUGCAGGAUUUCCAGGAUCUGAAUGCCACCAGUCCCAUCUACAUGGUCUGCGAUUCGCUGACCUCCAAGAAGGCCCUGCCCGUCGAUCAGUUGCCGGUGAUUUUCCGCAACAUGGCCGAGUAUCUGAAUCUCCAGUGCGUUCCGGCGGAGGCGGGAGUGGGCUUGGCCGUCUGGUCACAGGCCAUGCAGGCCAUGGAGUCGCUGCUGCGCCAGGUGAUCGUGAUCAUGCCCAGCCUGAGCAAUGCGGAGUACAUGCUGGACAUCAUAGCGGCCACCUUGAGGCUGAACUGUGUGCCCAAGACACUGCUCGAUCCGUACUCCAAGAUCAUGGCCUACUGUGUGCAGCACACGAAUCUGGAGUACCAGACGCUCUACGAGCUGUGCACUUUGAAUAUCAGAUCCUUUAGCAAGGAUCGGGACAAGAACCUGCUGUGUCGCCAGAUGAUCUUUGAGUUUGUCCAGGCCCUCAAGUUCAAGUCGAAUAUUCCGGACCACAAUCUACUCACGAUCAUUGGCUUCGUGCUGCUCGAUGCUGGCGGAACUCUGCCACCAGGAGCAGCUCCUGGUUUACCGGAUGCAGCUCCCAUGAUGACCACCAAUUCGGCGGACUGUUUGAGGCAGUAUAUCAACGAUGUUAUUGACUUUUUGGCCGAUUUCCACACGCUCAGCAAGAUUAAGAACUUCAAGAACGGCCAGACGAGCAAUGGUCUGGGCGAAGACACCUUGGGCGGCGUCCUCAAGGGAGCAGUGGCCCAAUAUUUGGCUCUGGAGAUGUCGCGUGGCAAUUCUAGGGACAACAAGGCCGUUUCCCGCUAUCUCCCCUGGCUAAACAAUGCUCCAUCCUCCCUCCAGCAAGGACCCAAGGAGUUCACCGAGUGCGUGGGCCACAUGCGCCUGCUGUCUUGGCUGCUUCUCGGCUCCCUCACGCACAUGGCACUGAUGCAGCGCCGCCAGGAGACGCACAGCAUUCCAACGCCCCUGCCGCCGCAGCCUGGACAGGGAACAGGGCCCACAGCCAGUGUGCACUAUCAGCAUCAGGGAGUCACAUACUCGCAGCCGGUGCCGCAGGAGGCCUCCUGCCACAUCGCCGAUCACAUUCAGGUGAUCUUUGCCGGAUUCGCCGAGCAGUCGAAGACCUCGGUGCUGCACAUGUCCUCGCUGUUCCAUGCGUUCACCCUGUGUCAGCUGUGGACGGUCUAUCUGGAGCAGAUGGCCCACAAUACGAACAGCAAUGCAGAGGGCAGCACGCUGGGGGUGCUGUUCGAGUUCUGGGCAAAGGUGACGCCCUGCAUCUUGCAAUUAGUGUCCCACGCCAAGCCGGCAGUCAACAAGGAUCAACCGCAGACACCAUUGGACUUUCAGACGCAGAGCGCCAACUCCAAGCUGUCCGAGAUGGUCAAUCUGCACUUCCUUAGUCUGCUGGAGGCGUUGAAGGACACCAAUUCCACGGUGCUGGGCAAGCUGCUGCCCAUGUGGAGUCCGGUUCUCUCCUCGCAGACGCAACUCUCGGACACGUUGCACGUCCGCCUGCAGAACGUGAGGGACUAUGCGCCGGACUACGAGGAGCAGCAGACCUUCAGAUCGGAGGCUCUGCUCAAGUGGCUGCAGCGACUGCAGUUUAAGAUGGGCCAAAUCGAGUUGCAGGCCUCCACGGCCACGCAGUUUUACUCUAUCUAAAUAUCACACACUAAGUGAGUUAUAUAUGCAGUCUUAUUUAGUAAUUGUUGCCUACGCGAAUAAAUAGUUCACAAUGUUUCUGGGAAAA